AUGUCGGAACGCCGUGGGGCGGCGGCGUCGACGGGAAGCCGCCGGCACGGCCGUCCGUACGCCGCCGACCAGAACACCGUGCACAUCAACGGGCUGGUGCUGCCCGCCGACAUGAGCGACGAGCUCAAAGGCCUGAAUGUCGGCAUCGACGAGAAGACGAUCGAGUCUCUUGAAUCGACGCGUCGCAUGUUGGCGUUGUGCGAGGAGAGCAAAGAAGCUGGAAUCAAGACGUUGGUGAUGCUCGAUGAUCAAGGAGAGCAAUUGGAGCGUUGCGAGGGCGCGUUGGACACCAUCAAUCAGGACAUGAAGGAGGCCGAGGAUCACUUGAAGGGAAUGGAAAAAUGCUGCGGACUCUGUGUGCUUCCUUGGAAUAAGACCGACGAUUUUGAGAAGAACUCGGAGUACGCGAAGGCGUGGAAGAAAGACGACGACGGCGGCGUGAUUUCGGAUCAGCCGCGGAUCACCGUUGGCGAUCCGACGAUGGGACCACAAGGCGGCUACAUCACCAAAAUCACAAACGACGCGCGCGAGGAGGAGAUGGACGAGAACAUCCAGCAGGUGUCGACGAUGGUCGGCAAUUUGCGCAACAUGGCGAUCGACAUGAGCACCGAGGUGUCGAACCAGAAUCGCCAACUCGAUCGCAUUCACGACAAGGCGCAAUCGAACGAGGUGCGCGUCGAGUCGGCGAACAAACGCGCCAAGAAUCUCAUCACCAAAUAA